CCACCCCAAAAAAAAGAAGAAAACAGAUAUUUCCCUUCCCGUUCCGGCCGGCCUCGCCGCACCGCCUCUUCUCCCCCCUCACCGCCGGCCUCCGCGCCGCCUCGCUGCCGCCGCCCCCGCGUCUCCUCCCUCCCGGCCGACUAGCCGGCGGCCAUCCCCGCUUCCUACCUACGCGUUGCAUACCCCGAUACCCGCCAUCCCCCAAGAAGAGGCUUCCAUCUGAUUUCUGAUUCGAUCUGACCCCCCGUGUGGGGCGGGGCUGGAGUUGAUGGAGAAGGGGAAGUCGGUGGUCGCAGAGCUCGCGGCGUCGCUGAGAGAUGUCGAGGUCACGCCGCGCCGGAAGCCAGCGAGUUCGUUACCGGCAGCUUCGUUCUAUUCUCCAACAAACAAAGCUAGACCUCGGAAAUUGGUUAGUUUGUGCCUUGGCAUCCUCGGACAGCAUCUUGAAGAUAUCAUAACUGAUAUUUCCGAAUUUUCUACCUUCUUUCCACCCCACAUAAAGCUGGCAAUUUUGUCCAUUGCAAGGAGAAGAAGGCUUCUAAAUGAUGAAGUUUUGAUCUCUCUUGCUGAUAGUUCAUGGGAGAUCCUAGAUAUAUCUGGCUCUGAUGUAUCUGAUAUUGGUCUGGCUACUGUGGCAAAUAUUUCUAAUAAUCUGUGGGCUAUCGAUAUUAGUCGCUGUGAAAGAAUAACUGCUGCAGCUGUUUCUGAGGUUAUAUGCCAUUGCCCAUCCUUGGAGAUAUUGAGAUGCGGAGGCUGUCCAGGAAGUGAAUCCACCGCGCGCAGAUCUGUGUAUCUCUUGAAACCCAAAUUGAAUACUCUUGAAGAGGACUCGUGGGAAGAACUUGAUACGGUAGAAAUUGGCGGGGGUGCAGAGUCCUUAAGAUGGCUAGUUUGGCCAAAGAUAGAUGAUAACUCAAAGGAAAUUAUAUCUAUGGAAUGCCCUCGUAUUACUGUCAACCCACAGCCAUCACCUUUUGACCUUCGUGGACACAAGGUCCCAGCUGAAGCUCUGGCAAGUGUACCACUGGAUCACUCCAUAAUCGCAGAUAUUGACCCCAAAACAUGGGCUGUUGCUGCCGCCCCUCGAAGACCCACCGUUCCAACCAACCCAAAUGCGCCCCCUGAAAUACCAAUCGCCGAGAAGUUCAGGCUAGCCUAUGUGGAGAGAGAAGCAAGGUUGGCCCCAAAGAGAGCCAAGAGAGAACGACAGCAACGCCGUCGCGCCGAAAGGGAGUACCUGAUGAACGACAUCAAUGCCAAAUCUGUAGCGCUUGCAGCCCAAGUGAGCAAAUACCUGCGCAAGAGCUAGUGGCAAGCCUUAGUUGUGUACUCUUGGUUGUUGUAUGCAUCACAAUUGUCUGAAUACAAGAAAAAAAAUCGUGGGUUUGUGACAAAAAAGAAUAGGAUUGUUGCAUCCCAGUGUUUCAGGGUCACGCUUGGCGUCUGGAGUUCUGGACACAGUUUUGUCAUAGUAGCUUAUAUAGCAGUGUGCAUACUUUGUACUACUGAUCUUUCAUGUGUGGAAUCAUGUCAACAUUGAACAAAAGCCUACAGGCAAUCAGGCAUUCUGUGCCUUAUCAAUGAUCACCUGUCCUUUACCAUCA